UGCGGUGACCCGUGUGGGUGUGAGAGAGACAGAGCGACGAAAACAACUUGGAAUCAGUCUACUGGUUCAGUGCAGGCGCAACUUAGCCGCCUGAUCUGGAGGCGCCGUGAAGGCGACGCCGGUGUGUUGUUGACAGCGUCUUCGUGUUUUGGCCUGAGUGUGGUUGAUUUCAAGUGUGGUUUUUGGUUCGAGAAAAUGGAAUUGUUAGAGCCAGACCAUCCAGACCCUGAUACAGAUCAUAUAUAUUGCUGUGACCCCUUCAAACGGCACAAAAGGCUCAUUACCAAAUGUGUUAGGUUGAUCACAUCAGUUGACCCAACAGCACAUCCCGAGCUCAGUGUCGGUUUGUACAUUUGUGACAACUGUCGCAAAGGAUUUCCAGAUAUAGGUACUACUUCUGUUCAAUGGCCUCAGCCUGAAGGUGGGCCUAUAUGUUCUGAUCCAUUUCAAAAACAUUUAAAACCAAUUUUCAAAAAUUUGAGAAUUAUCACUGCAACUGACGGAAGUGAUAACCCAAGUCUCACCGUUGGAUCUUAUUUAUGUGACAACUGUCGAAAGUGUUUGCCAAGCUUGGGCACAUGCACCAUUAAAAAUGCAAAUAAGUUGGCCAAUGAACCUGAUCAGAUAUUCUGCUCCAACCCUCACCAAAAGCAUAAGCUGCCAGUCAGUAAGAAUUUAAGAGUAAUCUCUGCAUUUGAUGUUCUACUUAAUCCAAACCUUACUGCUGGCUCACAUUGGUGUGACAACUGCCGAAAGGACACACAGCAACAUGCUCAUGGUAAAGACUUAAGCUCUAUCCAAGUUUCACAGCCCAGUCUACCUUCUGAUACCAAUCAAAGUUGUGAUAAAAACAAAUGCUGCAAUCCAUUCAACAUAGUACAUGCAGUGAAAGUUACGGGUUCCAACACGGAUUUGAGAGAAAUAAAGGAAAAUGAUAAAAAAAAUUGUCCAGCAUUAACUGUAGGCAUGCUAUGGUGUAGUACCUGCCGCAAAAUGUCUUCUGACCAGAAACCAGGAGGAUCUGUUGAUGGUUUAGAAAAUGAUGAAGUUGUAGGAUUGGCAGAUAUUUUUGCAGACAUUGCUGAUGAACUGUCUGGAAAGAAAAGUGAAUCUAAUAGUCAGAAUGUUGUGGUGGUUGCGGUCAGCCAGGCCAGUGCCACAUCAUGUUCCCCUCGCUUAAGUCCCGCUGUUCACCAGGAAUCUGCCCUUCGUACCUGUACAGGAAUUGGCAUAUCGCCUUUGGAUGUAACUAACAUCAGAACAACGGGUGGGAAAAUAGCUGCUGUCAAACGGAAGCUUGGACAAGCAACCAGCCUAGUUGCAAAGAAAUUAUGCAGCGCUGUAGGAAUUACCACUGAAGAAUUAUCGGAAACAUCAGAAGGAAGAAAACUAAAGGAUUAUGAUGAUUUAUUGAAUGAAGUCAAAGAAAGAUUAACUACAGCUUCUAGAUCUUUGAAAUACAAGUUACUCUCUCUAGUCCCCAGUAGCAUGUCUAUCAAUGGGGUGGCAUCAACUUUUGAAGUUUCCAGAAAUGUAGCAAGAAGAGCUCGGGAAUUGAAAGCAGAAAAGGGCAUUUUACCUGAAGUUGAUUUCAGCAGAAAAUCUGGCAUCCUUGAAUCCACUAAGUUGCUAGUACAGGAAUUCUAUUGCUCUGAUGAUAAUUCAAAAGUUCUACCAGGUACUAGAGAUUGUGUAAGUGUCAAGAAGGGAGUCUACGAACAAAAAAGACUUAUACUUUGCAAUAUUGCGGAACUGUACAAAUCCUUCAAAGAGAAACAUGGAAACCUGAAGAUUGGGCUCUCAAUGUUUUAUUUACUGAGGCCAAAAUGGUGUAUUUUUGCUGGUGGUGCAGGAACUCAUGAGCAAUGCAUUUGCCAAACUCACCAAAAUUUCAAAUUGCUUCUUUAUGCUCUCAACAUUAAAAUGGAUUACAGAGAUUUAAUUAAGAUGUGUGUUUGUGAUUCUGAAGACAGGUCUUGCAUGCUGAAACUCUGUGAUAAAUGUCCCACAUCAGAAGAAGUGCAAAAAAUAUUGAGAGAGCAACUGACAGUCCCAGAGGAGCUCAAUUCAGUUUCUGCAGACGAAGAAUAUGAAUUUUUGGAAGAAAAUAUUAAGUUCCGACAAUGGAAAUCAACAGAUAGAACUGAGAUGAUAAUCCAAGUUUCUAAACGGUCUGAAUUGAUUGAAUUAGCAGCAAGGAAGAUGAAUACUUUUAUUCCUCACUGUUUUAUAGCAAAAAGUCAAAAGGAGUACAUCAAAAAACUUAAAGAAGAACUCCCAAUGACCAAAGCUACCGUUGCAAUGGAUUUUGCAAUGAAUUACAACUGUUUGAUUCAAGGGGCAGUGCAGUCUUAUCACUGGUCCCCGAAACAAGCCACUGUGCAUCCUACACUAAUAUCUUAUAAAGAUGCUAACAAUGUGCUGGUCCAGAAAUCUCUCAUAUUUAUAUCUGAUGACUUGGACCACGAUGUUCCAUUGGUGAGAAAAUUCCAGGAAAGAAUAGCGACGUACAUCAAAGAAAAUUUGCCCCAAAUUGAAGAGGUGGAAUAUAUUACUGAUGGAUGUGGAAGCCAGUACAAAUGCAAGGGGUACUUCAACCUUCUCUUAGAUCAUAAAGAGCGGCUGGGUCUCAGGGCUACUCAUACGCACCAUGGUUCUGGUCAUGGAAAAACACGGUGUGAUGCGGAUGGAGGAACUGUUAAACGCACAGCAAGAACAGCCAGCCUGCAACGCCCCUUCGAGAACCAAAUCGUCACAGCCAAGGACCUUUUUGAUUUUUGCCAACAGGAAAUGAAGGAUACUUUUGAUUUUCAAUUUGUUUCAAAAGAAGAGGUAGAACCGUACAGACAACAAUACAAAGGAAUCGUGGAUGGUUUAGAGACUGUCCCUGGCACCCGCUCUUUCCACUUUUUCAAACCUCUUGGCAACAGGUUGGCUUGCUUCAGAAUAUCGAACGACAAAACCACAUUCCCAUCUCUUGUGCACUCUCUUCAGAAGACUGCCAGACAGGAGAUUGAACCACUAGCUUUAUCAAAUGGCAUCUAUGUUGUGGCUAGAAUAGGGAAAAAUAGAUACAUAGGCCUGGUGACUGAUUUAUAUUCUGAGGAAGGAGAAGCGGAUCUUUCUCUUCUCAUGCCAAGACUGCCAUCCAAACAAUUUAAAUGGCCAAGAGACAUGAAAACUGUGACGGUGCCUCUACCCCAUAUUCUGUGUCAAGUAGAACUUUUGGAGAAGGAAGAGGUAGUCACUCUCACAACUACAGAUUUAGAGAAGUUAUAUGAUCAAAGAAUCCUCAAAAGGCCCCAAAACUAAUGAUUCUGUUUCGAAACUUUAAAUUCGACUACUGUUAAAUAAAUUUAUUUAUUUAUAAAACUGAAUAAUGUCAAGCAGAGUAUCUUCUUAUUUUGUAAGAGUGAAUUAAAAGUUGAUGGUUAUUAACAUCCAAACUAUUCUAGAAAAUGUAUUUCAUUUAUUCCUCAUUCUUUGAAAGGUUUGG